AUGAUAACAGAAGUUUCUACUCGCGCCGCCACUGAUGCGGUGGCGCAGUAUAUCGCCACGAUGGCAGCAAAUGCUCCCCCCGUGAUCCCAGCUAAUGCUCCACCCGCAAUGCCACCCAGGGUACAGCAACCGGCCCAGAACAAUGACGAUCGGAUAAGUGUAUCCUCAUCCACCUCAGAUCCAAGAUCCCGGAUGCAGCUAUCUACCAAUCACAGGGAGCCACAACCUAGACAACAACGCCACCAUUCGCUCCAACGGGGUGAUGCGUCUCUACGAAGAGCUCAUCUCUUUAAUGAAGGGGAAGACGAGAUAAAUAGUAGAGUAUCUCGCCAAAACCAGUUCCCCAGAUUGAACAAUCCAAUUGACGGAAGAGCGCCAGUCCCAACAAGGCGCAGUCCUUUCACCCUAAACAUCCUCAACGAGGUAUUGCCUCAAGGAGUGAAAGUCUCGGGCUUACCUCAGUUCGAAGGAACUACCGACCCGCAGGAAUACAUAGAGAAGUUCCACGCUAUGGCAGACCUAUAUGGCCCGACAGAUGCAGCAAUGUGCAAGAUGUUUCGCACCACUCUAUCCAAGAGAGCCAUGAAUUGGUUCAACGCUCUGCCCACAGGAUCAAUUGACACUUUCGCUCAGUUGUCAUUGCGUUUCACCAACCAAUUCGCCAUCAAUAAGCAAUAUGCUAAAACUCCAGCACAUCUCUUCUCUAUCGUACAGAGAGACAAUGAAACACUCCGCAACUACAUCAGGCGUUUUGUGGAGGCUGUUCAUGAAGUUCCCAGUGUAGGACAAGAUAUGCUCUCAGGGAUUAUGCAGCAAAACCUGAAGUCGGGUAGGUUCAAAGAAUCUAUCGCAGGAAGACCUCCUGGCAACUUAGAUGAGCUGUUAAAUCGAGCUGAAAAAUACAUACGCAUAGAGGAAGCUUCUGCCAAUGCUCCUCCCAAGAGGAAGAGAGAAGAUGAACGCCCGGAUAUUAGGAGACGAGAUGAUCGACGUCCUCCACCCCCGCCUCAAGGCCAAUCAUCUUCAACUUAUAAUCGAUUCACUCCACUCAAUACUCGUCUCACUGAAAUACUUCAUGUGAUUGAACAAAAAGGUCUGGCAGAGCCUCCACGCCCAAUGCAACCUAAUGCAAAACGAGAAAAAUCGGAUCGCUAUUGUCGAUUCCACAAAGAUAAAGGGCAUACUACCGAGGAAUGUGCGCAACUCAAAUUGGCGAUUGAGAGGUUGAUCAAGCAAGGCCACUUGAGCGAAUACAUUGAUAAGCCUCGAAAUAAGCGCCGCGAUGAUCUUCCACGCCGAGAUAACAAUAGAGAUCAACAGCAACGACGAGAGGAGGGGGGUCAUCGGCGCGACCCAGAUAACAAUGAUAACCAACCCACCCGAGGAAUCAUCUCUUUUAUCUCCGGAGGACCGGCAGGUGGCGACUCACAAAAUGCGAGACGCACCCUCGCUCGAUCAGCACGUAUGAAUCAAGAACAUGCUUCUCCAUCCGCAUCCGUCUAUCAAAUACGAAGACCUGAUCAUGGCAUAGUCUUCAACUCCUCGGACCUUGAACGUCCAGAUGAAGAUCAUGUCGAUGCGUUAGUGAUAACAGCAACGGUGGCCAACUUCAUAGUUAAAAAGAUAUUAGUGGACGGUGGGAGCUCAGCCGACAUUAUGUAUCUCCACACAUUCAAGCAGCUAGGCAUAGACAACGCACGGUUCAGUCCCAUCACUACACCACUGAAAGGAUUCACGGGAGAAGGUGUUUUAUCCAUGGGGGAAGUAGAGUUACCCAUCUCCUUAGGAGAAGAUCCUUGUCGAGUGACGAAAAUGAUAAAAUUCCUUAUCGUCGACAAACCAUCCCCUUAUAACAUCAUCGUGGGAAGGCCCGCGAUCCAUACAUUCAAGUCUGUGCCUUCAUCUUACCACCAAAAGUGGAAAUUCCCCACUCCUUACGGGAUGGGAGAGGUACUUGGAGAUAGGCGUCUCGCUCGAGAAUGUUAUGCAAGAGCUCUACGUGAACCAUCUAAGAGACCUAUUCCUCUAGGGAAAGGAGACGACACCCCGAGACAAGAUAAGCGAAAAUGGGUCAACGCAGUCAUCGAAGCUGAUAAAGAAAUCCUAAUCAGCGUACCCGACGACACCGCCAAGCUAGCCGCGGUUGAAGAGCUCAAAUCAGUAGAACUCAUACCCGGAGAUAAUUCUAAGCUUCUCCGCAUUGGCUCUGAUCAAGAUCUAACGGGAAUUCCUCCGAAAGUAGCAUUGCAUCGACUAAACGUUGACAAAAGAUUGAAACCGGUCAAGCAACGUAAAAGGACUUUCGGUCCUGAGCGCAACAAACAUAUCAAAGAGGAAGUGGCAAAACUCUUAGAUGCAGGCCACAUUAGAUCGGUUCAGUAUCCCGAGUGGUUAUCCAAUGUGGUAUUAGUACCUAAACCCGGAGGCAAGUGGAGGCUAUGUGUAGACUUCACCGACCUCAACAAGGCAUGCCCGAAGGAUCCAUUUCCCUUACCAAGGAUCGACCAGCUCAUAGACUCAACCUCAGGGUGCGAACUUCUCAGCUUCCUUGAUGCAUAUCAAGGAUACAACCAAAUAUUGCUCGCCCCAGAAGAUCAAGAGAGAGCUAGUUUCAUUACUGACCAAGGCAUCUAUUGCUAUCGAGUUAUGCCGUUCGGUCUCAAGAAUGCAGGAGCUACUUACCAACGCCUGGUGAACACGAUGUUCGCGGACUUGAUUGGUAAGAACAUGGAAGUGUACAUUGAUGACAUGCUUGUCAAGAGUAUUAAAGUCGCGGAUCACCUAACCGAUUUAAGUCAAUGCUUCUCCAUCUUACGUAAAUACAAGAUGAAGCUUAAUCCCCUAAAAUGUUCUUUUGGAGUUCGAGGCGGAAAAUUCUUAGGGUAUAUGAUAUCACAACGGGGAAUUGAAGCCAACCCAGCAAAGAUUGAAGCUAUCACCUCCAUGGCCCCUCCCACAUCGAUUAAGAAGGUCCAACAACUUAAUGGUUGUUUGGCAGCCUUAAACCGAUUUAUAUCCCGAUCGGCUGAUAAGGGUCUUCCUUUCUUCAAGAUACUAAGAGGUGGGAAAAAGUUUGAGUGGAAUGAAGACUGUCAAAGAGCUUUCACAGAAUUGAAAGCAUAUCUCACUUCCCCACCUCUACUAACGAAGCCCCAGCCGGGAGAUACUCUUUUCCUAUACUUGGCCAUUUCUGCUGAUGCCAUUAGCGCAGUGCUCAUUCGGGAUGGUGAAAAAGGUCACCAACCGAUAUAUUACAUAAGCCGAGCUCUCCAAGGCCCAGAGCACCGUUACACCAAUAUGGAGAAACUUGCUCUCGCGCUCAUCAAUGCAGCCAGAAAGUUACGUCCGUACUUCCAGUCGCACCAGGUGAUAGUUCUCACCAACUAUCCCCUUAAACAAAUAUUGAGAAGUCCCGAGACUUCCGGACGAUUAGCUAAAUGGGCUAUAGAGCUAAGUGAAUAUGGGGUUGAGUUCAAACCACGCCCAGCCAUCAAAGCUCAAAUCCUAGCAGACUUUGUAGUAGAGAUGACUACAUCGGAAGAGAGCACAUCCAUACCCACUUGGGCCAUCAAUGUUGAUGGAUCAUCUACCACUACAGGAGGAGGCGCGGGUAUUGUACUAACAAGCCCAGAUGGCGAUGAAUUCGAGUAUGCUAAACGGUUUGAUUUCAAAGCCUCCAAUAACGAAGCCGAAUAUGAAGCUUUGAUCGCUGGUAUCCGCCUCGCUUUAGCAGCUGGAGCUCGCAAACUCAUAGUACACAGCGACUCCCAGUUGGUGGUCAACCAAGUCCUUGGGAACUAUGAAGCCAAAGAAGAAUCCAUGGCAAAGUACCUUGCUCUUGCACUUACCCUCCUCUCAAAAUUGGAUAGCUAGGAGAUAAAGCAAGUACCACGAGCC